AUGACUACAUCAUCCGGCCAUUCUACAACCGCUAGUCUCCCUGGACCACUCACAUGCCUAGCUAGUCCACCUGGCGCCUUUCACGUGCAGACUGUACUCGGUCAGCACGCUCUUGUUGGUCAACCAGGACUUCAAUUGGCUACUGGCCCUCCUGUCAAUCCCCAAGCUGCAGCGGUCGCCUCUAUCACCACUGCGACAUGUUCCGCUACUUCGAAUUGCAUAGUUUCACCCCCCACGACUAUUUUGAGUAAUGGACAACUUGUAGUUGUUACUGAAUGUGGGACUCAGUCGUUACGGUUGCCCACAUCUGCAGAUGAUUUGGAGCCCAAAGAGGAGAGA